GCGAUGGCCCCGGAGCGCGGCGACCGAUCGCUCCCCGCCGGCACCGAGGGGCUGCCGAGGGUCUUCCUGCAGAGCCUCAGGACUCUCUUCGAUAUCCUGGAUGACCGGCGGCGGGGUUACGUGCACCUCCGGGAGAUCGAGUCGCGCUGGCGGGGCGCGGAAGCCCGGGAGCUGCCCGCCGGGGUGAUGGAGGGGCUGCGGCGGGCGGCGCCGGCCAGCGGGUACCUGACCUUCGAGCGCUUCGUGCUGGGGCUGCGAGCCGCCCUGCCCGGUGCCGACGGCCCGGCGGACGGCGGGCGGCGGAGCGCCGAGAAGCCGCCGAGCCCGCGCUGCGCUGAGGAGCGGCGCGGGAAGAGCGGCGGGCAGCGGGAGCCGGGGCCCGGGCAGCCCCGCGGCCGAGGUGGUGAUGCUAAGGCUGCAGGGCAGUGCCAGGGGGAUGGCAGCCAUGCAGGGGCUGGGGACACUCGGAGGCACCAGAGGGGCCGUGCAGAGCACCGCAGACACACCAUCACCAACGGCGUGGACUUCGGCGUGCUGAAGCACAUGAAGGAGCUGGAACAAGAGAAGGAUUUCCUGCUGCAAGGUCUGGAGCUGGUAGAACGCGCCCGGGACUGGUACCACCAGCACAUCCAGCUCAUGCAGGAACGCCAGAGGCUCCUGGGGAAGAACAAAACCAGUGCUGAUUUCCUGCAGGAGGGCAGCCAGAGCCACCUGGGCCGCCUGCUCCCCAAACUGCAGGAGGUGAACCGCUGCCUGAGCGACCUCCUCUCUGCUGCUGGGAAGCCAGGAAACCCCUCAUCAGCCCUGAGCAGGCCGGUCCCCACAGUGUCCCCAGCCUCAGCAGGCUCCCAGCAAGCCAUCAACAUGCUGAAGGAGCAAAACCGGCUCCUCACUAAGGAGGUGACUGACAAGAGCGAACGCAUCACGCAGCUGGAGCAGGAGAAAUCUGCUCUGAUCAAGCAGCUCUUUGAGGCUCGUGCCCGCAGUAACCAGGAAACGAGCCAGCUGGACUCCACCUUCAUCUAGUGCUGGGCUCCCUGUCCCUGAGCUUCCCCAGGGGGUUUGGGGGACUCUGGCCCAAACCCCAUUGCACCCCUUGCUCCAGGUGUCGUACCCCGAGGUCUGGAGCUGCCGGUGGCAUCGCUGCAGGAGGAAGCUGAGACAGCAUCUGCCUCUGUUGCACCUGGGAGCAUCCCCAUGCUGCUCUCCUGGGGCUUCCCAGCUCUGCUGCUCUCCAGCUGCUCCUCUCCUGUGUGUGACUGAGCACAGAGACCCUUGUCCUGGUACCCCUGGUGUGGGGGGAAGCAGAGCUGCUGGUGUGGGGCAGAGCUGCUGUGCCCUUGGCCUGACUUAGGCUGAAUUUGGCUGCUGUCAGAAAAAGUUGAUGCAUCUUCAACACUCCAUCUGGCAUCUCCAGGCAAACCUGGCCACUGAAGGGUGGCCUGGGCCCUGCUUGUACCUCUCUCAGAGACUGGAACUCCCAUGGGACACUCUGCUGCCUGAGCUCUGCCCUCCAGUGCCCCCAUAGCGGGCCAAGGCCGUGCCCAGGCUGGGGCUCCUCCUGGGGCAGUCCCUCUCUCCACUUUGCAGUAGUGAUGCCAUAGUCACUGUUUACAUGUCUGCAGGCUCCUGUAGUUAGUGAGCCAUAGGCCCAAAGGAGGUAGUUCAUACCUCUGAGCUGCUGUUUCAGGCUGAAGCAGACACCUCCACAUCCCUUUAUUUGUCUUGACCUGGCAAACAAGUUCUUCUGCCAGGCUUUGAUCUUGUUUCUCAUGAUGACUUUAAGAGGAGAGAAGAUGUUGGUACCCUCCUGCUGUAGGACACAGCCUGUUUCUGAGGGGCUUUGGGACUGGGUUUUGUCUUUAACUGAAGGUGGCUGACAGAGCUGAGGCUGGUGGACUCUUUCCUUUGCACAAGUGGAGGAAUGGCAGCUUUCCCUGUGCUGGAGGUGGACACUGACUCCCCAGGGUGAGCUGCACCCCUCUCUCCUUCUCUUUGUGGGUAGUGGGUGGUCUUAGUGUGGGUCCUGUUAGACUGGUGCAUCUCAGAACUCCUUCUCCUUCCUACCCAGCUCAGUGAUGAUGUUUGAGCUGAACAACGUCUUCCACUGUGGUUUGGUACCUGGUAUUUAUGGGCCUUUCCUAGGAGACCCUUGUGAAUCCCCACGUAGCACAGGCCUGGCCCUCUGCAGCUCCAUGACCAGGACCUUUCCUUCAGGGCUGUGUCAUGCUCUGACCUUCCUGGCACAAUGCUGUGGCACAGGGCACUGAGCUGGGCAGACAGUGCUGGACCUGCCCUGCCCUGGGGGCGAAGGAACUGCAGAGCAGUUCUUCCCACUCCUGUUUUAUCUGUUCAGUGCUGGCUAUCCCAUCCAGCUCCUCUCUUUGAUGUGGAUUUUGCCCUGAAGCACACUGCAAGGCAUGAAUCCCUGCUCUGCCCUCCUGUCUGCUGCUUUUUGCUGGAGUAAGGCUCAGCAGAGUGCCAGGGAUAGGGAGGAGGAGGAAGAGGAGCAGGGCUGGGGUUAUAUCCCCUGCCUAACAGGUUGAUAGCUAUCCCCUGGGCAUCACUGCCUACCAUCUCUUCCAUGAUCCCACCUCUGAUGUCCAGUGCCUGUUUUACCUGAGGUUUCAUUAAAAGUGACCCUCUUUGUGAGGGGGGGGGUCACCUGUCUGUAGGGAUAAUAAAGUGGGGUGAACUGUU